GCUCGCCGGCAUCGUUGUAUCCAAUCGGCGUAGAGCUUGUUGAUCGGCAGCGGCAACCGACGUACACAAGGGGCUUGAGCGUCCAGUGGAGAGAGCGAGAGGUCAGGCCAUGAACUUGGGAGAUGGUUUAAAGCUUGAAACUGAAUUAUUGGAUGGAAAAACCAAGCUAAUAUUGUCUCCAUAUGAACGUAAAUCAAAAAUUUCUGUGAAGAUGGGAAAUAAGACCAAGAUUGCAAAAUGUCCUUUAAGAACAAAACAAACUGGAUUCAUUCUAAAAUCAACACAAAAUACUUGUAUCAGGAGUGAAAAACUUUUGCAAAAGAAGAGAAUUGGUUCAGAAACUUCACUGGCAAAAGGUGAAAAGGAUAGUAUGACUUUUUCACCCACUAAGGAUUUAUGCAAGCAGUAUGCAGAUAAAGACUGUCUUCAUAUCCAGAAAGAGAUUUCACCUGCAACCCCUAAUAUACAGAAGACUAGAAACACUGUAAACACAUCUGUAGUAGCUAAACAGAAGCCUUGCAAAAAACACAUCACAAGUGAAAAUGUGAAGAGUAGUUUGGUAUGUCUAACCCAAGACCAACUACAACAGAUUUUGAUGACUGUAAACCAAGGAAAUAGAUCUAUUUCCCUGACUGAGAGUGGAAAGAAGGAGGAAACAAGUCAAGACAGUCUACAUUUAAACAGUAUUCCUAAUCAGCCAAAGGACGAGAACAUUAUGGGACUACUUGAAAAAACUGAGGCUGUUUCAUAUGUCCAGGAUGAAAAUAAAUCUGUUUUAAAUAAAAACCAGGAUACAUCUAAGCAGUAUGAGCAGAAAAUUGCUAUAGAGAAUGUAUGGAAACCAGCUGACAUUUUCAGUACUCUGGGGGAAAGAGAACGUGAUAAAAGUUUGUUGGAAGCAAAAAAAGCCCAGUGGAGGAAAGAGCUUGAUGAACAGGUUGCUUUAAAGAAGAAAGAAAAAGAAGCUUGAAAAUGGAAUAAUCCUUAAAAAUCUGAAACUGAUAAAAUAGUAUGGGAAAAAUUUCAAAUUCUUGACCAAUCUAAGACUUCUACUAGUGUUUCCAGCAUUCUGUCACAGUCUCCCAGUCAGGUAACGGUGGUCCAGGCUGAUGGGGACUCACUAUCUAGAGCUAGUCAGAUUUUAGAGGAAGCAGUACUGCCAGAGCACCCUUUCAGUGCUGUCAAACAAGAACAGCAGAGAAAAUGGAUUGAAGAGUUGAACAAGCAAAUAGAAGAUGACCGGCAAAGAAAAAUAGAAGAAAAAAUUAUAUCUUCAAAGGGUGAGGAACAUGACAGAUGGGCAAUGCAUUUUGAUUCAUUAAAGAGCUGUCCUGGUUCUCAGUCUCAGCUGUCCUCUCGUUCAACACACAAACAACCAGAGUACUUCUGUGUCUCUCCGGAUACUCAGGAGCUGGCUGAUACCAGCAGUGUUUAUACACCUACAGCUGGAAGCCAGGUUGAACCGUCAGAAGAGGAGCAUAUAGCAACUGUUAGAGAUAUGGCUGUGGCAAAUAGUCAAAAAACAAAGUAACUUCUGCGUUCUAUGACUGCUCUUUUGGACCCAGCUCAGAUUGAGGAACGAGACAGGCGGCGACAAAAACAGUUAGAACAUCAGAAAGCCAUCACUGCUCAGGUAGAAGAGAAGCGCAGGAAGAAGCAGCUGGAAGAAGAGCAGAGAAAGAAGGAAGAACAAGAAGAGGAGCUUCGCCUAGCACGGGAACGAGAAGAGAUGCAGAAACAGUAUGAAGAAGACAUACUUAAGCAAAAACAAAAGGAAGAAGUCAUAACUCUCAAGACAAAUGAACUGUUCCAGACGAUGCAGGAGAGCACAGGAGCUGGCACAGAGACUAAACAAGAACAGAGAAUCCGAGAAUUGGCUCAAAAGGGACAUGACACUUCGAAAUUAAUUAAAAAUCUUGGCGUUGAUACAGUACAAGUGGACUAUAAUGCAUCUACUAACAAUAUUUCAAAUUCAAGACAUGGCUUGAAUGAAGUCAAUGGUAAAAUGAAUACAUGUAUCAAUUCUGUGAAUUCUCCUAAGAAGGAUACUGGUGUGCAAACAGAUGACUUAAAUACUGGAAUAUUCACCAAUGCAGAAUCACAUUGUGGCUCAGUAAUAAAGAGGGAAAUUAUAAAUUGUUCAUCUCCCAAGAUUCCUGCAGAACUUAAUGAAAAGUUGAAUACUAAGAAAAAUAAGCAAGAACUAGUAAGUCAGGAUAAAGGAGCCAACUUAGAAAAAGAAAACAGUUGGUACAAUGACCAGUGUAAUCAGUUCACAAGAACAGACAAAAAAAUAAAACAUACGAAGAAAUGUCCUAAAAGGCCUGACUGGAAUAUAAAUAAGCCACUCAAAAGGUAUAUUCCAGCAUCAGAAAAGUACCCUAAACAGCUUCAAAAGCAGAGAGAAGAAAAAAAAGUAAGAAGGCAAAUGGAACUGCUUCAUUUGGUAGAAAGAAAUAACCCUGGACACCUCUUCCAAAGUGGAGGCACUUCCCCAGAAGUCCUUCAUUCAUCUCAUCAGGAAACUGGGCCAAAGUUCAGGUGGCAUCUAGUCAAAACGGAAGAAGAACAUUUGAACAUUAAUUCAUUCAGCAAAGAAAGGUCUCAAUCACCACCAGUUCCUGCGGUGAAAAACAGAACACAACAAACUCAGACACUAAAAGAAAGUAAUUACGAAAGAGAGACUUUUAUCUCAGGAGGCAGUGAAACAGGAUUAUCACCUAGGAUUUCUGAGCCAUCCCAUUUUAUCCCCUAUGUGCGAACCAAUGAGAUCUAUUACCUUGAUCCAGAUGCACCACUGUCUAGGCCUCUAUCCCAGGAUCCUCAGUACCAAAAUCUACAUGACUGUGACCAAGAACAACAGCUGUUUGACUCUGACUAUGUCAGGGACCCACUUCUUAAUCCUAACUUUGUGAAAAAUAGGGAUCGCCAGCAAGCAAUCCUGAAGGGACUAUCAGAACUGAGACAGGGCCUUCUCCAGAAGCAAAGGGAGUUGGAAACUAAUCUUAUGCCUUUAGCUGCCAAUCAAGAAGAGAAUUUUAGUUCUUCGUUUUAAAUGUAGAAAAAUCAAAUCCUUUACAUUUGAUUUGUCUCCCAAAUUAUAAAAUGUCCUUGUUGCUUAACUGUAUUUUUCAAAUACCCUAGAUUUAUUUUAAAUGCUUAUUUAAAACUUGUACAUUAUGUAGUAAAAUGCUGUGUGUGUAUACAUAUAUAUAUUUUUUAACAAUAAAACACAUUUUUGUAAAAAAAAUUUUAGUAGUUUAAAAAAAA